GUUCUGAUCAUUACGCCAUCUUGGUUGCUCUGGACAAGACAGUUCAAUAAAGGACACAUGAAACAGCAGGCCGUGAAAGAUAAACAGGGACGAAUGGAAAAUUCCAAGGUGUAGUAUAUUAGGUCAACAUGUAUUCAGCUGUACGGCAAGUCGAUACAAAAGGUGUUCUUGACGCCACACACAACACGGUAGCUGAAAGCGACGAAGGUGUUUUCUUUGCGGCAAUGGAUGUAGUUGUGCCAUAGGAAGGCCUCUAUCACGUGGUACACGAAGCUUUAUCCCUCCCACCUCCUCCUAAAAACAAACGUCGACGGCGCUUGCUGGCAACUGCUUUUUCUGCAGGACGUUGACUGGAAGAUGGCGGCGUCUAGUAGCGUGGAAGAGAUGCGGAGCCGGGUGGUUCUGGACGAAUUUGGGAUUCGCAACGUCCACACAACAGACUUUCCUGGGAAUUACUCUGGAUGUGAUGAUGCCUGGGACAAGGAGAAGUUUAAAAAGAAUUUCAAAGUAGAUGUGAUCCACAUGGAUGAAAACACUCUUGAAUUUGACAUGGUGGGGAUUGAUGCUGCCAUUGCUAAUGCUUUCCGACGCAUCUUGCUUGCUGAGGUGCCAACCAUGGCCAUAGAGAAGGUCUUUGUGUACAAUAACACUUCCAUUGUGCAGGAUGAAAUCCUAGCUCAUCGCUUGGGACUAAUCCCUAUCUGUGCAGAUCCUCGUCUCUUUGAAUACAAGAGUGAAGAAGACGAAUGUGAUGAAAUUAACACUCUGCAAUUCCAGCUGAAAGUAAAGUGUAGCAGGAAUCCUCAGGCAGCCAAAGAAUCUUCUGACCCCAGUGAAAUGUACAUCAACCAUAAAGUUUACAGCAAGCACAUGGAAUGGGUGCCACUGGGCUCUCAGGCUGACAACAUGAAUGCCAAGUUCCAUCCUGUACAUGAUGACAUCCUUAUUGCCCAGCUGCGACCGGGCCAAGAGAUUGAUGUACUUAUGCACUGCAUAAAAGGCAUUGGUAAAGAUCAUGCAAAGUUUUCUCCAGUGGCUACAGCUAGUUACCGGUUAUUGCCAGAAAUAACUCUGUUACAGCCUAUUGAAGGGGAAGUGGCUGAGAGGCUGAAGAAGUGCUUUUCUGAUGGGGUUAUUGAAGUCCAGGAAAUCAAAGGGAAAAAAGUGGCAAGAGUGGCUAAUGCUCGAUUGGACACAUUUAGUAGAGAAUUUUUUCGGCACGAUGACUUGAAAAACCUUGUGCGCUUGGCUCGGGUGCGAGAUCACUACAUCUUUUCUGUCGAGUCAACAGGUGUCUUGCCUCCAGAUGUGUUGAUGAGUGAAGCAAUCAAGGUAUUGAUAGGAAAGUGUCAGCAGUUUCUAGAAGAGCUUAAAUUCAUCCAGAAGAAAUAAGUUUUUCUUCCUAAAGUUCAGCAUAAGAUUCCACUUCAGUGGGAUCUCUGCAGCUGUGUCACGAAGGAUGGCUUCAACAAAGUCUGUGUCAUCGGGCAAGGAAAGGCCUCUACCACAGAUGUAAGACUGAAACAAGUGACUUUAUCUUCUUGGUACUCAAGCUGAGAUGUGGCUGAAAAUGCAAAGGUAUACAGCAAUGCUACCAUGCAGCUUUUUUCAAAGAGCAAACUGUUCUGGUGAGGGCUCGAUCUCUUGACAAAUACACCAUAAAUGGAUAAAAAUAUUGUGCAAUCAGGUGGAUGGGUAGGCUGCAGGAUAUUGCAAGAUCUAAGUGAUUAUCCUAAAUGUGCCUGAGGACUCUAUUAGACUUGGAUACAGACCCACCUCUUGUGAAUCACCUGACGAAUGGACAUUAAAAUUAUUUAUCAA